AUGUCACCAUCUAAAGUUUCCGAGCUUCAUUGGGAGGAAGUCGGUGCCAAGAAACGUGCGUCUCUCGAGGCCAGUCUUCCAAAAGAAUGGCGUGUACCCUCAGAUCUUCUGCCUCACGAGUCACAGACAGACGUGACAAAUUGGGCAGAAACCUCUGGCUGGUUCACCCCUGAGGAACUGAGCAUUACCAACUCCACAGCCGCAGAGCUUCUACCCAAGCUUGCGUCUGGUGAAUUGAAAUCCCUCGAUGUCACCAAAGCAUUUUGCAAGCGUGCGGUCGCUGCUCACCAGCUGACCAACUGCCUUUCAGAGACUUGCUUUGAACGUGCUCUGGCAACUGCGCGAGCUCGCGAUGAAGAGCUCGCCCGAACAGGAAAGCCUGUGGGCUCCCUGCACGGCCUCCCCAUCUCUCUCAAGGACAACUUCAAGCUGAAGGGUCUUGAUUCCACUGUUGGCAUUGCUGCACAUAUUGAUGACCCGGCAGACUCCGACUCCCCGCUUGCUCAGUUGCUGGAGGCUGCUGGCGCUGUAUUUUAUGUGAAAACCAAUGUGCCCACCGCCAUGAUGAUCGCAGAGACGGUCAACAACGUAUUCGGAAGAACCGUGAACCCCAGAAACAGAUUGACAACCAGCGGUGGGAGCUCUGGCGGCGAGUCAUCGCUCAUCGUGCUCAGGGGAAGCCCCCUGGGUGUGGGAUCCGACAUUGGCGGGUCUCUCCGUAUUCCAGCUGCUUGUGCUGGUUUGUUCACUAUCCGACCUUCAGCUGGCCGUUUCCCAGUGAGAAACACUAGAUCCGGCAUGCCGGGUCAGGAGGCAGUUCUCUCUGUUAAUGGUCCAUUGGCCAACACCAUUGAGGACAUUGAGCUGUAUAGUAAGAGCCUUAUCGGCGAAAAGCCAUGGCUUCGUGAUCCUAAAUGCGUUCCCAUUCCAUGGAGGGAGGUAGAGCUGCCCAAGAAACUGAAGAUUGGCGUUAUGUGGCACGACGGUAUGGUGCGCCCGACACCUCCCGUCGCCCGCGCGCUGCGAGAAGUCAAGGCCAAGCUCGAGGCUGCAGGACACGAGUUUGUUGAGUGGGAUCCCGUUGAUCAAAAAGAAGGAAAUGAACUUCUAGGUCGAAUGUUCGUGGCCGACGGUGGCUUGACCAUCAAGAAGGAGCUCGACCGCACUGGUGAGCCUUGGAGGCCUGAGAUGGAGGCCUACUCUGUUGCCAGGGACCUCACCACAAGCGAGAUGUGGAAGCUCCAUCUUGAGCGCUCAGAGUUUCAAGGCCGGUAUCUGGACCGUUGGACCAAGGCUGGUAUUGACGCACUCUUGGUUCCUACCAUCCCAUUCAACACAGUUCGACACGGAGCCUUCAAACAUGUUGGUUAUACUGGAGUAUAUAACGUACUGGACUAUUCCGCGACAUCUUUCGUCACCGGCCUCACCGUCGACAAGUCCAUUGACCAACUGAACGGAUACGAGCCACUUGGUGAUAUUUGCAAGGCAAUAAAUGAUGACUAUGAUGCUGAGUUAAUGCAUGGGUUGCCUAUCAGCCUGCAACUCGUAGCACAGAGGCUAGAGGAGGAAAAGGUGAUUGCAAUGACCAAGCAUGUCCUUGAAGUCAUUGCGUAA